UAUUUGCAGAGUGACCAAGUGGUGAAUUUUCAUUGUUGACUAAUGAGAUUCAUUGAUAUCAGGUGUGUGGUUGGUGCUUGAACCUGAUAAAGCAGUUUGCUGGGGUGUGUCAAAGAUAUGGACAUGAUCUGUGCAGAUGUGAUCAUUUGGAAAAGAGAUUUCCACAUCUUAGAACCAAUAUAAAGGGUAGAAGCUAUACCAGGCAGCUUUACUUGCUCCAGUACCUUCUUCCUGUCAGGCAAAAUGAAAAUUCUUGUGGCAUUUCUGGUGGUGCUGGCCAUCUUUGGGACACAGUCGCAUGGAUAUGAGGUUUAUAACAUCAUCAGCCCAGGCAACAAUGGUGGCAAUGUUCAGGAAACAGUGACGAUUGACAAUGAAAAAAAUACUGCUACCGUUGACAUCCAUGCUGGAUCAUGUUCUUCCACCACGAUUUUUGACUAUAGACAUGGCUACAUCGCAUCCAGGGUGCUCUCCCGAAGAGCCUGCUACGUCCUAAAGAUGGACCGUUCAGCUAUCCCUGCUCUGGACAAACUGGAACGGUACCUCUAUGAGAUGAAGACGAUAAACGUCAUGUCCUCCAACAAAUACACCUGGGUCAAGUACAACCCUCUGCAGUCUCUGAUCACGAAUGUGGACUGGUUCCUGUUUGGGUCACCCAUUGAGCAACUCUGCAAACACAUCCCCUUGUAUAAGGGGGAAGUGGUUAAAAAGACAGAUGAUACUGCUGCUGGAGGUUGUGCAAAGGCAGGGCUCCUGGGCGUCUUGGGAAUUUCCAUCUGCGCAGGCUUCCAUAUUUAGGAUGAUCACCUACUGGGUUUCAUCCUUUCAAAGAAAUCUAACCUUGGUUUCCACUCAGAAGUCAGAUUAAAUUCUUUCUCAACAUCUUGUCUAAUUGCGAGAUUCAGUAAUAAAAUACGUUAUAUUUACAGAUAAA